GACUACGACAUAAUGGCUGCCGUUUAUUUGUAGUGUUAAAUUAACGUUUACUCGUGUCAAGUUUUCGGUUUUCGAGUGUUUUUUCUGAAUAUAUACAUAGAUUUUAAGCUAUCUAUUUCAACAUUAUUUUCUGCUAGAUCCAAAAUGUCAGCUGGACCAUACAAUUAUUCUUAUAUCUUUAAAUACAUCAUAAUAGGAGAUAUGGGGGUGGGAAAAUCAUGUCUCCUUCAUCAAUUCACAGAGAAAAAGUUCAUGGCCGACUGCCCUCACACAAUAGGAGUGGAGUUCGGCACCCGGAUCAUCGAGGUCUCCGGACAAAAAAUCAAGCUCCAAAUCUGGGACACUGCCGGCCAGGAGCGCUUCAGAGCAGUGACCAGGUCGUACUAUCGUGGUGCUGCCGGCGCUCUCAUGGUCUACGACAUCACCAGGAGGUCCACCUACAACCACCUGAGCAGCUGGCUGACGGACACAAGGAACCUGACCAAUCCCAGCACGGUGAUAUUCCUGAUAGGGAACAAGUGCGAUCUGGAGGGUCAGAGGGACGUCACUUACGAGGAGGCGAGCAAGUUUGCCGAGGAGAACGGGUUGAUGUUCGUCGAGGCUAGCGCCAAAACCGGCGAUAACGUGGAAGAAGCGUUCCUGGAAACGGCCAAGAAAAUCUACCAGAGCAUCCAAGAUGGCCGUCUGGAUUUGAAUGCCGCCGAGUCGGGCGUCCAACACAAGCCCUCUCAACCGGGUCGCAACAAUCUCUCUAGCGAUCAGCAGGCCAGCAAAGACAACUGCGCCUGUUAG